UUUGCAGCCGUCAACCCAACCAAUCAAAAUAGAAAACAAACGUCCACUACUGAUGACGUGUGUUACAUACACGUGAGCACGGCGCUGGCGAUGUUAAGAAGUGCAUUCAAAGGCCUUUUCACUGUACUGGAGACUCAACAUUGUCUUAACCUGACAUCUAUCCUGCGCCCUCUCCCUUGUGGAGGUGGAAGCCCUAAACGAGCGUUAGGUACGAUUCUUGUCCGAUUUAAAUCAACACAGCUGACGCCAAUGCCACGCCAAGAGCAGCCCUCGCUCGACCCAGAGCUCUACAGAGCUCCUUCUGCGGUCAGGGGUAUGACCUGUCUGGACCGUGGAGCCUUUGCCCAAACGAUUACUGUUCCCGGGAUUAGGAUACCAAAGGUAGUCAUCAACAAAGUAGUUAAGCGUCUGAAAAGGGUGGCAUUGAAAAGGCCAGGAUUGAAACGUGUCGUUGAUGAGGAUGGUGGUGAGGAAAGUGAGCACAAAUUGCUCCUGCUUGACCCGACAAAGAUCACCUCUUCGGACGCGUUCAGCGAAGAGGAGGCAGGGACACUGAGGGCGUUCGAGGUAGCGCAAGAAGUCAGCCAGCAUGAGCUGAAGCUGACCUACGACAAUCUGAAGACCGAGGAAAUUCUGCGCGCAGUGCUGCCAGAAGGACAGGAUGUAACCAGCGGCUUUAGCCGCGUAGGGCAUAUCGCACACAUGAAUCUACGAGAUCAUCAGCUGCCAUACGGGAAUCUUAUAGGACAAGUCCUCAUAGACAAGAACCCAGGUAUUACCUGCGUGGUGAACAAGACCAACACCAUAGACUCCACCUAUCGCAACUUCCAAAUGGAGGUGCUGGCUGGGGAGAAUAAAAUGGUGGCUAAGGUGCGUGAAAAUGGAGUACCAUUCGAGUUUGACUUCUCCCAAGUGUACUGGAACCCACGGCUGAGCACCGAGCAUGAGCGUGUGGUGUCCACGCUCAACCGUGGUGACAUGGUGCUGGAUGUGUUCGCCGGUGUGGGACCGUUCGCCGUGCCGGCAGCCCGCCGUGGCUGCAUGGUCCUGGCCAACGACCUCAACCCGGAGUCUCACCGCUGGCUCAAGCACAACUGCCAACUAAAUAAGGUCAGCUCUAAGGUCACGACCUUUAACCUGGAUGGCCGGGAGUUUAUCCGGGGGCCGGUCAGAGAGCAGUUGCCCGGCUUGUUGGCCAGUGAGGUGGGGGUCCACUUUGUGAUGAACCUGCCAGCCCUCGCGCUGGAGUUUUUGGAUGCCUUCAAAAGUCUUUUAGUUCCAGAGUUGGACAAAGAGACUUCUGGAAAGUCCAAUCUCCCAAAAGUGCACUGCUAUGGGUUUUCCAAGGAGGAUGACCCGAAAAAGGAUAUGGUGGCGCGGGCGUCAGCCAGCCUGGGGUUUGAGCUGGAGGGACACUGUUCGGUGCACAUGGUCAGAAACGUGGCGCCCAACAAGGAAAUGAUGUGUGUGUCAUUCACACUGCCACGAGAGGUCCUUUACGGUGCACACAAAGACAGCCAAGACGAACCAGCUGCUAAGAGACAGAAAUGUGAAGAGAAACUGGACUGAAAGAUGCACACAUACUGACAAUCCUAUACAUUUUCUCUUAUUUUAUAAUAAAACCUUACAUCCCUA